ACAACAAACAACCGGUGUGGUCUGCUGGUCUACGCUUGUAAUAAGUUCUCUUUUUGUCACUUUCAAUUACUUAUUUCAAAAUUUUUAAUCAAAAUAUUUUUCACAAUGAAUGAGGGAGCAUCAAAUCAAAUUAACGACAAACAACGUAAAGUAGCUCUUAUUACAGGAAUUACUGGUCAAGAUGGGUCAUAUUUAGCUGAAUUUUUAUUAGAUCAUGGCUAUGAAGUUCAUGGUAUUAUUCGUAGAUCUAGUUCUUUCAACACUGGAAGAAUACAACAUUUGUACAAAAAUCCUGUGACUCAUCGAGAAGGAUCAAUGCAUCUACAUUAUGGUGACUUAACUGAUAGUUCUUCUCUGGUAAAAUUAAUCACUCAAAUCCAGCCUACUGAAAUUUACAAUUUGGGAGCUCAGAGUCAUGUAAAGAUUUCUUUUGACUUGAGUGAAUACACAGCUAAUGUUGAUGCUUUGGGUACUUUAAGAAUGCUUGAUGCUCUUCGUACAUGCAAGAUGGAAAAGUCUGUAAAAUUUUAUCAAGCUUCUACUAGUGAGAUGUUUGGCAAAGUACAAGAAGUUCCUCAAAAAGAAACUACUCCAUUUUAUCCUAGAUCACCUUAUGGUGUUGCCAAACUAUAUGCUUAUUGGAUUGUUGUAAAUUACAGGGAAGCUUAUGACAUGUUUGCUGUAAAUGGAAUCUUGUUUAACCAUGAAAGUCCUAGACGAGGAGAAAAUUUUGUGACUAGAAAAAUUACCAGGAGUGUUGCAAAAAUAUCCUUAAAUCAGCAAGAUUGCUUUGAAUUGGGAAAUCUGGAUUCUAGAAGAGAUUGGGGCCAUGCAAAAGAUUAUGUUGAAGCUAUGUGGAUGAUGUUGCAAACUGAGACACCAGAAGAUUUUGUAAUUGCCACUGGAGAAUCGCAUAGUGUCAGGGAAUUUGUAGAACAUGCAUUUAAACACAUUGGCAAGGAAAUAGUGUGGGAAGGUUCGGGUGUAGAUGAAGUAGGAAAAGAGAAAGAAACUGGUACUGUGCGUGUUAAAGUGAAUCCUCGAUAUUUUCGGCCCACAGAAGUGGAUUUUCUUCUGGGUGAUUCAUCAAAAGCCAGAGAAAAAAUUGGAUGGAAACCAAAAAUAAGUUUUGAGCUAUUAGUGCAAGAAAUGGUUGAUGCUGACAUAGAAUUAAUGAAGAGAAAUCCAGCUGCAUAGUUCACAACUGCAGUUGUUGUUUCACAUCUACAUUCCAUUUAUAUAACCUGUGCCUUAUUCUUUUUCUAACUGAUAUGCAAUCGGAACUUCUUGUAUUUUGUAUGGCACAAUUUAUCAUUCUGUGGAAUGAAAAUCACAACCAGUUGUUUGGAUAAAAAUACAUCAAACUUAAAAAAAAAAAAAAAAAAAAAAAAAAAAAAAAAAAACCCCACACACACAUUUUCACAUCUAUCUCUUUGCUGCAUUAAAAAUAAUUUUUGUUAAUUAUACUUUCUUGAAAUAUUGGAUAGUCUUUUAUGAGUAUUGAAUAGUCAGUCAGCAUUUUGAUUUUUAGAUUAAAAAAAAUGCCCUAUUUUUUUUAAACAAUUAGUUUUGUGCUUGCAUUUUUCGAAUAUAACUUGCAAAAUUUGCAUUGGAAUUUUUUUUGCGAUUGAAAUUAAAUUUUUAAGAUUAAUUUAAAAAUAUUGGAAGGAAAUUUUAAUUUUGAUGAAAUAUUCUGUCUUUAGUAUUAAAAAGAACUUGCUACUAAAUAAUUUUCAUUAAAACCAUUUGAAAAUGGGGAAAAUAUUACAAUAUUUUACAUUUCCUUUUUUAAAAAAAAUCAACUUCUAUAACUGAAGAAUAAUGAAUAAUAUUAGCUUAUUGUUUUGUUUUAAAAAUCAAUGCUGUAGCUUCAAUCAAAUAAAGGAAAAACAAUUUUUCUUUAUUGAGUAUAAUAUGCAAUGUAAUUUUGGAAAUAUAUUGUUCAGCAAAUUAAAUUAUGAUUAGCUUUCUCAUUUUAAUUAGCUUAGCUUUCAAAUUUUAUAUACUGUGAAAAAAAUAAUGAAAUUUAGAUUUUUGAAAUGAAGUGGUUUUAAUGUCAGCCUGGCCAGUAUAUUUUAUAGGAUUUUCUUAUUAAUACUAUUUUUUCAGUGAUUAAUGUAUAAUCAAGUUGAUUUUAUGUUUAUUAUAUUCUUCCUUUGAAUGGAAUAAUGAGUUAAAAGUACAAUCCUAGUGAUUUAUUAUUGUUAUUGUUUGUUUUUAUUACUUUUAUUAUUGCAAUAUUUAUUAGUUUUUAGUGCCUAAAUUUUAUAUUUGUUUUUAAAAGGCUUCUUAAAUUAACCACAGCUGUUCUAUUAAAAAUUAAUGGAUAAUUAUUAAUUUCAAGAAAACUAUUAAAACAUCUAGUGUGCUAUGCAAAAUUUGAUGUACUUUAUUUUUUCUUGUAAAGUAAAGGUAAAAUGCCCUUGCUAAUGUAAGUACCAAUCACUAUUUGAAUUUAUUUCCGUACUGUUUUGCAAAACCAAUUAUAUUUGAAAUUAUGUACAUCAGAGCUUCUCUUUGCAAAACAAUUUUCAAUUUUUAUUUUAUUCUUGAGUCAGAUGGUAAAAUAUUAAACUAGCAAAAUUUUGAAAAUAGUAUUUAAUAAUAAGACAAUUAACAAUAGACGAUAAAUAAAUAUUAUACAUAAUUUUUCUGUGAAAAUCUUUUUGUUCAGAUUAUACAAACUUACAAGAUCAAUAAUAAUUACCAUGAAGAAUGCAAGAUUUUUAAGUUUUCAGUAUUAUAUUCAGUCAAGAUUAUUUUUAUUUUUUUGCCAAAGAUGUAAACUUUUUUUUCAUUCUUUAAAUUUUCUUUAAUUAAUAAUUGAUAUCAAAUUGUGAAAUUAUGCUGUAAGAGUAUUCUGUUAUGCAGAGCUGUUUCUGUUAUUUAUAUAGGAAAUAUUGCUGUAUUAUGGAGAUCAAACCACAAUUGUACAUUGACCAUUACAAUUUUAAAGCAUUUUUACUUAUGUGACUAACAAAGAGCUUUUUCUUGAAAAAUGGAACUCAGUUAAAAAUUUGGCUAUCAUUGGGAAAUUCUUUUGGAGUUAUAUAAAUAAAAGUUUCAUGAUGCAGUUCUUAAGCAUCAGUUGAGGAGACAUGAAUUUUAUGAAAGAAUUGAUGCAGUCUUCAGAUUGUAUGGAAGAAAAGGCUGCUAGCAUCUCUUCCUAAUGUUUACAGCAUGCAUAAAUGCAACUUUAAGUAUGAUUUUAAUUUUAGGAGAAAAUGGUUUUAUAUUCAAUUUGUUAUUAGAUUUUUUAAGAAUUUAUUUUAGAUCUUUUUUAAAACUUUGCAAUAUUAAAUCAAGAAAUCCCGAUUUAACAAAUAAGCAUUGAUAUUAUUCUUUUAUUUAAUUUUAUUCUCAGUAUUGGUUUCAAAAUGUUAGUUUAUACAUGCUCCAUCAUUUUUAAAUAUACAUAAUUUCUCAAAAGAUAUUCCAUGUAAGAUAAAAUUUUGUUUUCACUAUUUUUAUUCUAUUAUUUGUCCUUUCACACAUUUCAAGGAAUGCUUGAUUUUGUAGACAGCUUAUGUAAGAUAGAAAGAUUUUGGGAUCCUUUUUGAAGACAAUCCACUUCUAACAUUUUCUUCAAAAUUGUUAGAAGCAAAUUGUAGAAUUUGAAUGGAUAUUUGCAAAUUUGUCUAAAUAAUGAACAUUGUAAAACAUUAAUUGCAUCAUUGUUUUCUUGGGUUCUUGAGUUCACCAUUUCCUAUAUUUGUUUUAAUGAUUUAAAUAUUUUCCAACUUUAAAGUUUGGAAACAAGAAGUUUAUUAUAAUUUGUAAAAAUUAAUCUAUUAUUUAAAAUUAUUAUUUUGUAAAAGAUUUUAUUUUCUAAUUCACACAUUUAUAUCUUGCCAUUUUUUUCUCUUCAAAUAUCAUUUAUAGAUAAUAAAUUGUUACUGCAGCUAUCUGAAGAUUUUAAUAAUAAUAAAAAAUUGCUUUAUAACACAGUGAUUUGUUCUGCAAAUUCUAUUUUUAAAAAGAUGUCACUAUUUUAAUGCAUAAUAUUGAAGCUUUAUAUAUAUAUAUAAACUUUAUUACUAAAAGUUGGGAAUAAAGAUUUAAUUAGUAUAGCAGAACUUCAAAAAAAAAAAAUCUCCUUGAUCAAAUAAUUAAACCUACUUAAUCAAAUUUCAACUACUUAAUUUUGUGCAUUGGAUAUUUAGAUAUUUUAAAAUAAUACACUACAGUGUAAUUUUAUUGUACAUUUUCAAUGAUUUCAUAUGUAUGAAUCAAUUUUUAUGGUUGUAUUUCGUUAAUUGUUAAGGAGGGAAUAAAAUAUUUUUUAUUUGAUUAUCUGAGCAAACACAUGACUUUGUAAUUUAAAAAAUGCAAAGUUUUUGAAACCACUAUUGAUUAUUUAAUAUAAUGUUUUGCUAUUUAAUCUGGUGAAAUAAAGCACACUUUAUUUUUAAUUUUU